AGGGGGGGGGGGGGGAAGGAAAAAGGUGACCUGCUAUAUCGCGUAUAUCCCAGGCCUCUAGGCAGUGCACUUUACACUCCUGCGUCGUCGCGACCCGCGGUUUGCAGCCACUGAAGGUGAUAAAGACAUAAAGCUUCCAGGAUGGCAUCUUCUCAAGUUUGGAGGGACCCUCAACCAGCCAUCGGCUAUCCUCUUGCCGGCUCUCGACCCUUGGGGCCACUCAGCGAGAAACCUGUGGUUGUGGUCGUAGGAGAUUCCACUGCUAGUGCCAGUUCUGGUUACUCAAUCAACUUGGAGACAGCUACCGGUGACAUAGCGAUACACGUCAAUCCACGCUUCGGCCAAGGAGCAACUGCUGUAAACGACCUUGCAGGACGUUUCUGGGGAUAUGAGCGCACAUACCCCCUCUUCAUUGACAAUUUGGAUCACUAUGUUUUCAAGAUCAAGGCGGACGGUUCUAAGUACGAGGAGAAAAGUGGCAAUACGGCAAUGGCAACACGGUGUACAUCAACUCGCAUUUUUUGACCACCUUCGAGAGCCGCACGCAUUGUUCAGCCGUAACGAAGCUCACUGUCUAUGGAGACGCAACGCUGCGCAGAGUGACCCAAUACACGAAGAAUUCUGAGCCAACGCUAUACUGAUCCAAAGAACUGCAUAAAAUCCUUGCGUUUGCUCA